AUGAAAAUCCUCCUCAUUUCUGCUCUUCUGCUGCAUCUCCUCCAACAAGGGAGCAGCAGAGAGAAGUUCUCUGGAGCCGAGCAGUAUGAAGUCGUUUACCCGCAGAAACUGCACGCGGUGCACAGGAGAGCUGCAGGAACCAGCUCAGAGAGCAAAUAUGAGGACAUAGUGAAGUAUGGGAUCAAAGCCAAUGGAGAGGAAGUGGUGCUGCAGCUCCAAAAAAAUCGGGAUCUCCUGGCUGGGGAUUAUUCUGAAACUCUUUAUUCUGCUGACGGCCGACAAAUAACGACAACUCCUCACAUCAAGGAUCACUGUUACUAUGGAGGCCACGUGGUGGGUGAUGCUGAGUCUGUGGCGAGCAUCAGCACCUGCACAGGGCUCAGUGGCUAUUUUGAGACCCGUGGCCAGAAGUUCCUCAUUGAGCCCCUGGGAGCCUCGGACAGGGAUGAGCACGUGGUUUAUAAAUACGAGGCCCUGAAACAAGAGCCCAUCAAAACCUGUGGGCUGGUCAACAACUCCUGGGAACAGGACUCCAGUGACCCCAUCAAAGCCAUCUUCAGGUCCAGCAACAGCCCAGAGAUGAAAGCCUAUCUGAAAUCAAAGAAGUACCUGGAGCUCUAUGUUGUUGCAGACAAUGCUUUGUACAAGAAAUACGAUGAAGAUGCUAAAAAUAUAAGACAAAGGAUAUUUGGAAUAGUCAACUACAUCAACACGGUUUAUAAAGCCAUCAACACCCACGUGGCUCUGGUUGGCCUGGAGGUGUGGACAGAUGGGGACAAGUGUCCCCUGACCAGGAAUGCAGGCUUCACCCUGGAGGCCUUCUCCAAGUGGCGCCGGUCGGAUCUGCUCAAGAGGAAAAGGAACGACAACGCUCAGCUCAUCACAGGCCUGGACUUUGAGGGCACCACGAUUGGAUUGGCCUUCAUGAAAUCCAUAUGCAGUGAUGCAUUUUCUGCAGGUAUUAUUCAGGACCACAACAGGAAUGAGGUUGCGGUGGCAGCCACGAUGGCCCACGAGAUGGGGCACAACUUGGGCAUGAGCCACGACACCAAGGCCUGCUCGUGCAACGAUGACAUCUGCAUCAUGACCGACACUGUCAGCUCGGUGAUCCCCAAGGAGUUCAGCUCGUGCAGCCUGCAGAGCUUCGAGUCCUUCAUGCUGGCCGACAUGCCCCGGUGCCUGAGCAACGUCCCCGAGCAGGGCAGCAUCAUCGCCCCCGCCUCCUGCGGGAACGGCUUCGUGGAGCGCGGCGAGGAGUGCGACUGCGGCACCCCUGAGGAGUGCACCAACGACUGCUGUGACCCUGAGACCUGCAAGCUGAGCUCGGGAGCUGCCUGUGCCGCCGGGGAGUGCUGUGAGAACUGCCAGUUCAAGAAGUCGGGCUCGGUGUGCCGGCCGGGGAAGGACGAGUGUGACCUGGCUGAGAUGUGCACGGGGCGCUCCCCCAGCUGCCCCGAGGAUCGCUUCCGUGUCAACGGGCACCCCUGCAGAUUUGGAGAGGGCUACUGCUACAUGGGCACCUGUCCCACCCGUGACAGCCAGUGCAAACUUGUCUUUGGGCCAGAGGCCACCGAGGGCGAAGCCUCCUGCUACAAUGUGAACGAGAUGGGGAAGUACUUCGGGUACUGCAGGAAGGAGCAGGGCACUUACCUCCCCUGCAAGAGAAAAGACAAGCUGUGUGGGAAGCUGUUCUGCUCUGGAGGCAGGGAGAUGCCUCGGGACGGGAGCCUGCUGUCCUUCAGGGCCUGCAAAGGCAGCUUCUCCAGGGGUGGGGGGGACGACCCAGGGAUGAUCCUGGAUGGAACCAAGUGCGGCAAUGGGAUGGUGUGCAGCCGUGGGGAGUGUGUCCAGGCUGAGGACGUCUUCAGAUCCACCAACUGCUCUGCCAAGUGCCCUGGCCAUGCUGUGUGUGACCACGAGCUGCAGUGCCAGUGUGAGGAGGGGUGGGCACCCCCCAACUGUGACAGCUCCUCAGCCCUCACCAGCAUUGCUGUGGCUGCUGGCGUGCUGGCUGUCCUGGCUGUCACUGCAGUUGCAGCCGUGCUGCUCACCCGCUUCCGAGGCUCCCACAAGAGCCACCAGAGCAGGAGGGGACCCGGAGCCACCAACCAGGUGUUUGUGGAUCAGGAGCAGAGCUGCAGGGAACAGCCUGUGCUGGUGCCACCUGCCCAGAAGGUAAUUGAUAAGAGAGUUCUUCCCGUGCCUCCACCUCAGGAGAACAAACCGCACCUUCAGAGUCCUGCCCUGAGGCCCAAGGGUCCCCCACCUCCCGUUCCUGCCCCCAAACCCGGCUCUUCCCACCCCGAGGAGAAGUUUGCUCCAGAGAGAACAGCUCCUCCUGUGCCCGUUCCCAAAGGCAAACCCCCUCCUCCACCCCAGGCUUUAAAGCCCCCCAUGAACCCCAGAGUCUGA